AUGGAGUCCAGUGGGCACGACAUCGAGAAAACAACACCGAAGAGCAGCCCCAAUCCCGAUCCCAAUCCCAGCGCCCGCCCAGGGGAAAAGGCUCGCGCCGCAAAGGCCGCGAAGAUCCUCGAUGCUUGUAGAUGGAAGGAUUUCGAGGCGCUGAGAAAACUCGCAGCAUCUGAGGGGGGCCUCGUCUCGGACGAGAUUCGAUGUCAGGCAUGGCCGCUUCUCCUUGGCUGCAAGCACCCCGCCGGCGAUACAAAGCAGGAGACGAACGACAGAGAAUGGAGACAGCUGCCCAGGCAUCGUGACGAGGACCAGGUGCAGCUCGACGUGGACCGCUCCUUCAUAUACUAUCCCCGCCAUCAAAGCCCUCGAGACCUGCUCCACCGGAAAGAAGAGCUGUCUGAUCUCAUAACAGAAGUCUUGCGGCGUCAGCCAUACCUCUCGUACUUCCAGGGCUAUCAUGACAUAUGCCAGGUGUUCCUCCUAGUCCUUGAAUCACAGAACCGUGCAGCCGCCGUGGCACGUCUUUCGGCGCUGCGGAUAAGAGAUUUUAUGCUACCUACAUUCGCCCAAGCACUGACCCAAUUGCAACUGAUCCCAGAAAUAAUUAGUACGGUCAACCCUAGGCUACGGCACCAUCUGUCCUUGACCCAGCCGUUCUUUGCGCUAUCAGGGACCCUCACUAUGUACGCGCACGAUAUUCAGGAGUACGGAGAUAUAUCACGACUGUUCGAUGUCCUGCUCGCCCGAGAGGCAGUAUUUUCCGUCUACAUGUUCGCCCAGAUCGUUCUGCAGCGUUCAGAUGAGCUCUUUGAGACCCCGGCCGAUGAGCCUGAGAUGCUUCACUCGAUCCUCUCUAAGCUCCCCAAACCCCUGAACAUCGAGUCACUGAUUGCAAACACAAUCCAGCUGUUCGAAAAUCAUCCGCCGGAGAGCCUGGGGCUGUGGCGGUCAAUAUCGAGAUCCAGCGUGUUGAAGACUGCUCGGUGGCACGAGCAGUUGACGGGCCAGAGCUUGAAAGACGGGGAGAUGUACUUUAGAAAGCAGUCGAAGGAAUUGCAAUGGGCUGAGCGGCGCAAGUCAGUUUUCCAGGCUCUGUGGAAAUACAGGAGAUCUGCUGCUGGUACGAUGGGGCUAGCGGUGCUUGUUGGCAUCGUCUCGUUCUGGCUUAACAAGUCAUCUGGGCCAUCUGGACUUUUUGGGACGCUAUGGAAGCAGAUCUUGGAUUACAGGCGACAUUGA